AUGACGUUCGCUGAUCUGUUCCCGGGCCAGGAGCGCACAUCGCGGAAGCUGAUGGCUGGCUCCUUCCCCGGCGUCGCAGCGGCGGUGGACGCUGGGUGGGAGUUGUACCAGGGCAAGGACCUCCCGGCGUCGUCAUACGGGGGCUACGGCGGCAACGCCAACGAGAGCCCCGUGUACUCGUUCGAGUACCCCGCGGACUGGAAGAUCCAGGUCCCCGGGAAGAUCGACAAGGGCACGAAGGGCAUCGACGCGCGCGUCGUGUCGCCGUCGAAGGGCGAGCGCAUCAUCGUGGUGACGUUCGGGCGCGCGGGGGAGUCGAUCGGGUACAACCUGGGGGACAUUGACUCGACCUUCUCGGGGCUCGCCGGCGCCGACUCGGACCUCCAGGACGCCCUGAACGACGCCGACGACAUCAUCAAGGGCGAGCGCGAGGCCGGCGGGCGCAAGUUCCUCGACGUGGAGAUCGUCGCCCCCUCGGUGCGCUUCGUGACCAGCAUCACCACGUCGCGCGGCAAGGUGUACGCCAUCCUCGCGCGGUGUCCCAACGACAAGUCGUGGAAGCAGGAGGAGCCGCGCCUCCGCAAGGCCGUCGAGAGCUUCACCAUCCUCGACGACACCCGGGCCAAGGGCUACGCGUAG